GUAAGCAGCUGAACUGAGAGCAACAAAGGAAAAGUAGAGGAGAAAAGGAACUGAACUGAAGCAAAAGCUGAACAAAACCUCUUCACUUUUCAACUUUUUAUUGCACUGCACUCUUCGUUCGAGAGCUUUCUGAAGAACAUUUUUUACAUUUUAAUACUCGAACAGAAUUGUACUAACCGCAAAAAUGAUGAGCAGCAGAGUCAUCGUCGUUGCUGUAAUGGUGCUCCUGGCCUCUCUGGCCAUCAGUGAAGGGAUGAGCCUGAGAAGCCGGAGAAGCCUGGGACCGGAGAAGCACUGCAAGUGCAUCAAGACAGAGAGCAGACACAUUGGCCGCUACAUUGAGAAGGUGGAAAUGAUCCCUGGCCACUCUCACUGUGAAGAAACUGAGAUCAUUGCCACUCUGAAAGGAACCGGAAAGGAGGUAUGCCUUGACCCCGAGGCUAUCUGGGUGCAGAAAGUGAUCAACAGGAUGAUGUUAAACAGAAGACGCUGAGCAGAUGGAGAGUGAUGGAUCAUGGGUCAGAGCUGUUUGAAGACAACUGAACACGAACCUAAUGUCUUAGUUUGAAGUAAAUUAUAUCGGGGGACUGCUCAAUGUCCUGAUCGCCUAUUGAAAUGGACAGAUUUUAUCUGACAAAGUUACGUUUGUAUCAAACAUGCUAUUUAUUAACAAGCCCAUGCUUGUUUGAAGGGAACUUUUAUAAUUUAUGAAGCAAUUUGUAUUUAAUUUUGGCUGCUGCUCCUAUUGUCUGCAAAAGUCGAUUAUCAUUUUUUGUCUCUCAUUUAUGUAUUUUGCAUAUUUAUUGACAUAUUUAAAAAAGAAAUAUCCAAAUGCUUGACUGUUAUUUUAUUGAUUAAAUAAAAGUGUUACUUAAAAUUGAA